AUGCCGAUGUUCGUAGUGAACACCAACGUUCCUCGCGCCUCUGUACCGGACGGGCUCCUCUCCGAGCUCACUCAGCAGCUGGCGCAGGCCACUGGCAAGCCAGCGCAGUACAUCGCGGUGCACGUGGUCCCGGACCAGCUCAUGGCCUUCGGGGGAUCAAGCGAGCCGUGCGCACUCUGCAGCUUGCACAGCAUCGGCAAAAUCGGCGGCGCGCAGAACCGCACCUACAGCAAGCUUCUGUGUGGCUUGCUGGCCGAGCGCCUGCGCAUCAGCCCCGACAGGAUCUACAUCAAUUACUAUGACAUGAACGCGGCCAAUGUUGGCUGGAACAGUUCCACCUUCGCUUGA